AUGGGGAAACGAUACCUGGCCAUGGGGAAACGAUACCUGUCCUCAGGUAAAUGGGCCGGCAGGAUCAAGUACCAGGCUCGCCACUACUCCGUCACCCCGCUCGGCCCGCGCUCCGGACUCAUCCAGUGGGUAGAUGGCGCCACGCCGCUGUUCGGACUCUACAAGCGCUGGCAGCAGAGGGAGGCGGUUGCGCAGGUGCUGCGGGCGCAGGCGAACGCUAGCGCCCCCUCGCAGCUGACGCCGACGGUGCCCCGGCCCAGCGAGAUCUACUACAACAAGCUGACGCCUGCACUGAAGGAGAAGGGCGUGACGAACCUGGAGAAUCGACGCGAGUGGCCGCUGGAGACGAUGACGUCCGUGCUGCGGGAGCUGAUGGCAGAGACACCUGCUGACCUGCUCGCCAAGAUACUUCAUCACACGCUGCAGCAGAGGGCUCAGAAGCGAGGCAGCUUCGCACUGACGAUGGACCAGAUCAGCACCAAGCUAUCGAACCUAAAAGUCACGGCCAUCCCCAUGCCGGGCCUCAACACCACCCAGCAGGCGGUGCACAUCGACUACAACGUCUGCUUUGAGAAGGGAAGAAGCCUGCGCGUUCCUGAGAAGGUGCCAUUCCGCAUGAGCCAGAACAUAGAGACAGCCCUCGGUGUGACCGGCAUUGAGGGUGUGUUCCGUAACUCGUGCGAGCACGUGUUACGCGUCAUGCGGCGAGGCAGAGAGACCCUGCUCACUUUGCUCGAGGCGUUCGUCUACGACCCGCUCGUCGACUGGACGACGGGAAACGACGCCGGAUACGCGGGCGCCUUCUACGGCGGAGGACCCGUCGCCGCGGCGACCGAUGGCAAGCAGAGCAAGCGCGUCAUGGAGCGCGAGAUCACGUUCAGCAUGUUCUCGAUACGCGUCGCCGAGAUGCGCACAGCCUGGCUGAAGAACCGGGAUGAGAUGGAGACAGCCUUACCACGGCUCAGCGACCUUGUACAGGAUCAGCUGUCAACGCAACAGAGCUGUGAGAAACUGAGCUGCCAGGUGGCAGCACUGAAGCAGCAGACGCUGAUGCUCGAGGAGGCGUGUGCAGACAAAGGCAGCGCCCUCUAUACGCUAGCAGAGAGGUACUCAGGGUAUGCCGUGGUUCUGGGAGCGGAGAAGUCUGCGCGUGCUGCGUUUCAAGAGAAGCUAACUGAGUGGGAGCAAUGGCACCAACUGCACAAGUGUGAGCAGUGUGAGAGCGAGCUGAGCCAGCUCGUGCACCAGCGGCGCGUGCUGCUGCGCUCCUGCAUGGAGCAGAUGCACACGUACUGUACCGUCGUCGCGCAGUACCCGCCCGCCUACCUGCAGAUCAACCGCGUCGCCAGGUGGAGCCACUGGCUGCGACAGCUGCUCGACGAUUGGACGCAGAGCAGGUGUCAGCAGGUGGUGAGUGAGUUUCACCGACACUACGGAGACGCAAUGCAAGCUCUCUCGACGAGUCAGAGCAUGCUGGCCAUCGAACUGAAGCUGUCCAGUGUCAUCGCAGACACCAACACCAAGCUGCUCAAGCUGGCAGAGAGGCACAACCAGGAGGCUGUCAACCCUGAUCAUCUACAGCAGGCUGUCGAGGAAACCAGUGCAAACAUCACUAAGUUCGUGCAGGAGAACAGGACGAGUGGAUCGGUGAGCCUCGCCAGUGUCAUCAUCACCGCGCUCUGCGCUCUCAACAAACGUUACCUCGUCAUGGAGGGCGCCGCCGCAGCCGCCGGCGAUCGCCUGAUGGACUUGACGUCGCGCGACGGAGAUUGGUUCCUCGACGAGCUGUGCAGCAUGAGUGCCAACGUCUGCCAGCUGGUGGCGCUACUGCAGCAGCACUACUCGCUCGCCGCCACCGGCGGGGCCCUGGAGGAGCUCGCGCAGCGGGCGACUGUGGUCACGCGCGGCACACAUCACGUCUACCUCGCCCUGCAGGAUCUGAACACAAACUUCAGAAAGAUCAUCCUGCCAGAAGCCUGCAAGCGCAUCCAAUCAGAGGAGCCGUCAGUCGCCGUUGCCGUGGCAACGCUCAACCGCCUCGUGCACGACGCCGGCAUGCCAUUGGACAGUCUCCUCGGUCACAUGGACACGAAGAUGCGCAACAUCAUCAUGGGUAUCGGCCAGGUCGACAGCGAGACCGCUCCCGUCGUCGACGCCCUGAAGCGCGGCUUCGCGGCGCUGCUGCGCGGCGACGGGGGCGCCACCGUCACGGCCGAGAUGACCGCCGGUCAGAUGCUGCUCAUGGGCUUCAACGGGCUGUUCACACGUCUGUCGGACGUGCACGCCGAAGUCGCGGCCGCGUUCACCGAGCUCGAGCCGCCGCCGCUGUGGAGGAAGAUAGACGUCGUGCGUGAGGCACGCGGCCUGCAGAUGUGUGUGUUUGGUGAGGAGAUACUCAGUCUGCUAGAGGACAUCUUCUUCAUCAAGAAGCUGCAGGCAAUGAGAGAGUUCUUUGACAUCUGCUGCAAGCUUGCCAACACUCUGUACGGUGAUAGGGCUGCCGUCGUGAUAGGGCUGCCAUCGCAGGUGCUCGGACACCUGCUCUGCGUCUACAUGCACGCGCUCGGGGUCGACGUCAGCGCCGAGAUAGAGCUGAAGGACAUCGGCGCCGAGUCGAAGGUCGCCAUCGAGGACCUGUGUAAGAAGGCCGUCGAGGCGGGGCUGAGGGAGGGGCGUGUGCAGCACACCGACCUCACGCAGGCCAGCACCCUCACCAGCACGCACGACACUGUGUGGCGCAAGCAAGACCUGGUCAGGAGGCUGGGAACGAGCAUGAUGCUGCUGCAGUCGUCGAUGGCGACGGCGAAGAUGCAGCUGACGCGAUUCCAGUGGCUUCACGAGGAUGCGUUGACGCAGGCUCACGGCGGGCAGCUGAAGACCACGCCCAGUCGUUCCACCGUAAUGUCGGACAUGCGCAAGGAGGCCGGAACGAGUAUCGAGUGCUGCUGCAGUCGUUCGAGGCAACGGCGAGAUGCACUGACGGACCAUUGCCAGUGGCUUCACAGGACUCGUUUGACGCAAGGCUCACGGCGGCCACUGAAUACCACGCCCAGUCGCUCUAGAGGACCGUCAGUCAGACAUGCGCAAUGCGUGCAGGUCGUGCUCACACUGGAGCCAGCAAUCGCGGGUGUGCAGGAGAAAUACGCGCAGCAGGAGGCAAGCAUCAGCCAGCGACUACGCUGGGCCGCCGGCGCCAACCAAUCGCUGCAGGCCACGCUCGACAAGUUCGAACAGGCAUCGCGCGAUCGCACCGACUUCCUGCUGGUGGAGAGUAAGAUUGCUGUGGACAUCAGCAACCUGUGCAACUCUGUACUGCACUGUGAAGCGCUGCGCACGCGCACACCUGAAGCCAUCAACGGUGACCGCAACUUUGUCGUCCUCAUCAACAGAUGUCAGGAGAGCUACGUGCUCAAGGACAACUGCAGCGACUCGGUGAGCCCCCUGGAGGCGUCGCUCGUCGAGUCAGGCCCCUGCGGCACCGCGCCCGUCAUGCUCGAGUGGGUGCAGACAGCGCUGGCGUGCGUCGUCACGGCGACGACGCGCGGCGGAGGCGGCGGCCGAGCGCGAGCGGGCGCUGGAGCGCUUGCCCGCGCACGGCCGUGCGCGGGUCACGAUGACGAUGAUCUCGCAACCUGCUGGCGACGCCACACAAGCUGA